ACACCCCAGCCUGACGUUCCCAUUUCUGCCAGGGGUGUAAUUGGUGUAUUUCAAUUUUUAAUACGAUUACUUAAGCAUGUGCAUUCUUCCACCUUAUACUAGAUUCUUAUUUACGUGUUAAAUUACAGAAUAUAUCUAUGAAUAUAAUAAAUGCUUUUGUAAAAUGCACGAUAUAUAAUUUACGAGUUUACAUCCACCGCUCGAAGUAAGUGGGUCGCGCUAUGAUUGACAAGUGCAUGCUUGCAAUUAAUUUGAAGGCGCUAGCUAGUACUGGAAUGCACGGAAAAUGGGACCAGGAAGAUAGCCCCUUCACCAUGUCCGCUGGACAGUAAUCAGUUACUGUGUGAUGAACACCGUAAUUGAAUAGAAGAAACUACUGAAACAGGGAAAUCGUUUACUGGAAGUUGAGGUCACAGUGACCAGGAAAUGGAGCAACCUCUCCAAAUUCUUUCACACCCGUGCCAUGGACGGGGGGACGGUUUGGUUCCUCAUCAGCAACAAGAUGGUGCUUGUGCUGGUCCCAUCAUGGGGGCGGGUCUUCUUGGCCAGUGGCAUGCAUUCAAGGGGAGGCCCAUUGAUAAUGAGUUGGACAUGGAAUUCCAUCGGCAGUUGGAUCAUGUGGCUGUGUGGAUAGACAAAUGGAAUCACCAGCAGAAAUGUCUCAUUCUGGAGGGCCUUUUAACGAGGAGUAAUUACAGCCAGUUUGGGUUUCUGUGGACAAGUCUACAGCCAGCGCUCCACAGGGACUUCAUGUACACCUCACAACAGCUGUUUCCAGAGCACAAAUUCACACCAAUCAGCACCUAUGUCAGUAGACAGACUCGAGCGAGGAGAGCUGUCCGUAACUACUAUCACGUCGGAAGCGCUCAUCUGCAGAGGAGGUCAGAUGUCAUGCGAUGCAAUACAGACAUUGGUCUUACAAACCCUGAGGAACUACAAGCAACAAGGCAGGGCAAACAGAGCGGAAAAAUCACCCUGUCUCGAGAUCACCAGUUUUCCCGAAGCACAACCAACAUCAAGCUGCCGAGCAUCCAUUCUGGUCACUACCAUAGUCGCGGGGAUGCCAAUCUACUCUCCAAAUCUGCGCCAGCUUCUCUCAAGAGAAUUACAGACAAUGCCCCAGCUGUCCGUCGACAUAUGCAAGAUCGACCCCGGCCAAAUGCACCAAAAGAAAUCCCCAAGGACUACAGUCCAGUCACUGCCCACAACCUGCCACGUCUGACCAAGUCCCUCACCCAAGUACAAAUCAGCCACACCAGACCAACUAUGUCUGGUACCUCCCCAAGAAAUCUUCCUCCUAUUCCUGUUGUACCUGAUGAAGUCUGGCAGUUAUACCAUUGGUACGAGGAAUGCUGGAAUGAUGUCCAAAGAAAUGAGUUCCUUCAUAAACUGUUGAAGAGACUGGAUUCCAGGCAGCUGUACUUCCUAUGUAGCUCAUUAGCGCUAAAGCAGUCACGGGACUUCAUUGCCCUUCUGCCAGAAUCACUGGCCCUACGUAUCUUGCAAUACCUCUCCCCCAAAUGUCUCUUAGUGGCAGCUUUGGUCAGUCGCACGUGGUGUCGGUUGGCCAGCCAUGACAGUAUAUGGAAAGCCAAGUGUGACCAGGUUGAUAUCGAAAUACCUCUGCCGAGUGGAAAUUUCCGUUGGAAGACAGUUUACAGGGACAACGUCUUUCUGAGACAGAAUUGGGAGUCUGGUAACUGCAAGCAAAUUGAUGUCAGAGGUCAUACAGCCAAGGUGCUGUGCGUCACAUUUGAUGGCAAGUCAAGACUGGCUAGUGGUAGUAAGGAUUCCAGCAUCAAGAUUUGGGACAUCCAUACUGGAAACCUGAUUCAAACAUUGAAAGGACACACGAAAGGAGUCUGGUGCCUGAGCUUCUUCACACGUUACUUGCUGGUCAGUUCCUCCUUUGAUGGCACAGUGAAAGUCUGGAACCUACGCAGUGGCAUCUGCACACGUACCAUGUUUGGCCAUGAUGGCCCCAUAUGGGCAAUGGCACAGAAGGGCCAUUUUCUGGUGACUGCGUCACAGGACAGGACAUUGAAGUUGUGGGAUAUGAGAACCUGCCUGUUGGAGCACACGCUGGUCGGCCACACCCAGGCUGUCUUCUGUGUGGACAUGGAUGACGACUGCACAAUGGUUAUCUCAGGGUCUGCUGAUAGGAGCAUUCGCGUUUGGAGUGUGGAAACAGGACGCUACACCAAAGUCAUCUGGGCCAGCCAGACCACAUCCAUCAUGGCUCUCAGCUAUCACCAGGGUUACUUCACUUGUGCUGUUGGGGAGACAGUCUCCCUUUGGAGGCUGGAAACAGCCUGCUGUAUCAAAACAUUUGAGGAACAUGAAAAACGAGUGGAGACCAUUGGUCUUCGAGUGGACAGUGCAGACAACCCUGACUGUCCAAGGGGGUUAAUGGUCACUGCUGGACAGGAUGGAAUGGUCAAAUAUUGGAACCUCAAGAGCGACAAGAGCAAACACACUUUGGAAAGCACUUGCCAAAUCAAUAGCAUCUUCUUCGAUGAAACCAAGAUCAUCGGCGCCUGCUCUGACUACAAGCUCAGGAUCUGGAACUUCAACACUUCCCUAUGAGUAAUGGAGGAAUCCUGUGCUGCAAAUGUUGAAACCUCAAGCCCAUAAACCUUUGUUAUGAUAAAGUGAUCGAGAUGACGUAGUUAUUUCAAUGUGUAAGAGCCUGAAGCUCACAACAGAUUUGAGGAUCCGUUUUGCUUAAAUGCUGGGGUCAGAGUGCAGGUAUGAAAUUACUCACCCACAGGAUUACAAUCCUUACCUCUUGGAAUUUCAGGCUAUUCAUGGUGAAGACAGCAAAAAGUGGAAAGGUUUGCAGUAGCACCAAGCGAAGGAAAAUAUCUCUUAUGAGUAUGCGUGGUUCUGAAAAGAGCAAGGAGUAUACACCAGGAAUGUCUCCUGACGACAGAAUGAGCACACAGUCCGAAACGUUGAAUGUACUCCCGCUUCUUUCCAGAACCACACAUACUCACAAUAGAUAUAUUCUUUCGCAUGGUGCUACAGCAAACCUUUCCACUUAAUCCUUACCACUAUUCACAUUUCCAUCAUUUCCUACAGCCGUCGAGUAGAAGCAUCUUUUUUUUCAGUAGAAUGCAGACAAUUUUUAUAACAAAUUUUCAAAGGUUUAAUUUCUUACCAAGCAAACAGAGGUCACUGUAAAAGACCCAAACAAAAAUUGUGAAAAAUUGCACUAUGAUUUACAGUAUGUACCUACCUGUUUUGAUGCAGUGCCUUGAUGCUGAGCCUUGGCUUGAAGGCUUGAUUUGAGGCCUUAAGGUUUGAGGGCAAAAGCCUGGCAUUGAGGCAUCAUGUUAAACUUAGGACAUUUUUGCUACAUGCAAUCUAUUAUUAUGUGAUAUGUUUUAGUUGAGUAAAGUUUUAUACUGAUUGGCUUUGGUCGUGACCUUGAGGGUCAAAGCCUUCAAGUUGACCUUGAGGGUCAAAGCCUUCAAGUUGACCUUGAGGGUCAAAGCCUUCAAGUUGAUCUUUAGAGUCAAAGCCUUCAAGUUGAUCUUGAGGGGUCAAAGCCUUCAAGUUGACCUUGAGGGUCAAAGCCUUCAAGUUGACCUUGAGGGUCAAAGCCUAAGCCCUUAGGAUCAAUUCCUUUGGUUUCACUCUGCACACUAUGUGAUUUUGAAGGUUGUUGUGGGUGAUUGCUUUUCUGCCAUAGAGAACAGACCUUCAACAUAAUAAUGUCAAGCUCACAUGAGUGCACUUUCCUAUGGUAGUGAGGUGGGAUAUUAUCUGUCUAGCCCCCAUGGGAAAGCGCAUGUGUAAACGAAGUAUAACGUUAGUAUGGUAUAGAUCUGUGGGCACAAAAAUCACUCUUGGUUAUUGUAAGGAUUUGCACUUUUUUCACUGAUCUGAUUAUAUAUAAAGUUCAUUGAUCAGUAAUGUCAUCCAUUGUGAUACGGCGGUAAAUGCAAAAUAUUGCCAAAAGUAUUGUAUACUGCUUGUAAAAAAUAAGGCUCUUUCUUUAGUAAGAAACUGACAUUAAUGAAGCUGUUGUUACUUUUGUGGAAAAUAUUCAUUCUAGCUGUAUAUAUCAGUGACUUAUAUCAGUUAAUGUAAAAAUAUGUAAAAUGACAGAGGUGUAAAUGUUGAAAUCUAUUGUUAGUAAGCUCGACCUUAAAAGGUUAAAUUGCUGAAGCAGGAAAUUCCACAAACUUCAGUGGCAUUGUUUUAUACACAUCAAACAAUUUGUUUUUGUGAAGUAUAAUUAAAGCAAUAUUCAUGCCAGUUUACAGUC